GCAGACGACCAAUAAAAAUCAAGAUGGCCGACGCAACAGGUGAUUCUACGGAUCUCACAGAUAAGUUUUGGGGAAAGAAAUGCUUAGUACUCAUCACAGGAGGAAGCAGGGGAAUAGGAAGGGUGAUAGCAGUAGAGUUCGCCAAAAGGUUGGCUAAAGAUUCGGUUGUAGUUAUAACGGGUCGCAAUGUUACGGGUUUGCAAGACACGCAACGAAUGAUAGAGUCCGGCGCCGAACACGUCAAGGUCUUGACGGUAACAUGUGACCACUUAACCGCUACCUAUGAAGAUUACGUGGGCCUCAUCUCCAGGACAUCUAAGAAUGUUGAACAGCCCGAGAAAGCAAUAUUAGUCCAUAAUGCUGCCACUAUAGGUGACGUCUCGAAAUACGCCGCCUCAUACAACGACCCAAACAUGAUCGACGACUACAUGCACCUAAACUUAACUUCAGUCAUGUUACUCACAUCGGCGUUUCUGAAGCAUUAUCCCCAAAACUCCGGGACGGCCAGGGCGAUAAUAAACAUUACAUCACUGGCUGGAAGAAAGCCGUUUCCAGGCCUAGGACUGUACAGCUGCGGCAAAGCUGCACGAGAGAUGUAUCUGAACGUGUUGGCCGUUGAAAAUCCGACAGUAAAAGUCCUGCACUACUCCCCCGGGCCAGUAAAGACAGACAUGCAGGACGAGAUGCAAAAUGCUAUCCCAGAAUUACGUUCCGUGUCGAAAGGGUUCCGUCAGAGUGCGCUGGCUCCUGAAACCACUGUGGAGAGACUCGUCAAUAUCCUUGACAGAGGCGGCUUCGAUUCUGGGGCUUGUAUCGAUUUCUUUGACCGUGCGUAAUGUAACAGUAUCCAGCGGUCCACAUUAACUGCCACUAAGCACUUGUUAUGCCUCAACAAUGUAUGUAGUAGAUCAAUAAACAUUGUAACUGCAUUGAAAUACUGCUCUGCGGCAAAAUUUAAAAAUUCAGAUAAUUCAGAGGCAAUGCACAAACCGAGGGGUAUUUCGAUGACAACGGCAAUAGAAUUCACUAAGAACACCUGGCUGGGAUAUGGUUUCAAGUCGCAAGUUUGCAAGAUAUUCGCUUUUUUAACCUCUGAGCAUACAAAUAAAUUCCAGAAUAUUGCCACCAUA